AUGGCAAACCAGCAGUUAGACUAUAAGUUUCUCCCGACUUCACGUGGUGGACGUUAUCUAGUUGUUGAAGGCUUUGUGUUUCGAUUGAAUCGAAGACGCAACGAUGCUUCAUGGGCAUCUUGGAGAUGCCAGGAGAAGACAUGUGCUGCGACUGUCUCUACUGUGAACGACAUCAUCACCAAGCAUCCCAGCCCACAUAACCAUGGACCUGUCCAUAAUGAGAUAAAGGUCAGAGAGACACUGGACAGGAUGAAGAUGGUGGCCAAGUCAUCUCUGGGUCCGAUACCGACGCUGUACAACGAGGUUCUGGCCUCAGUGAGCGAUGGUCCUUGGACGGAAGAGAACAGGUCGUUCAUCGCAGAAAUGCCGACGUACGACACCGUCAAGAACAGACUGUACCAGGCCCGAAGAUCCACCUUCCCACCCAUCCCAUCUUCCCGACGAGAAAUCGUGAUCCCAGACGAGUUCAAAACAACCAACGCUGGCGAGCCCUUUGUCAUCAUCAACGAUGGCGACGACGAUAAGAUCCUUGGCAUGACGACAACGGUGAACAUGCAACAUCUUUGUGCUGCCGAAGUUGUGUAUGACAAGGCGACUGUUACUUACGACCGCGCCUUCCGUCUCCUGAAGGAAGCAGUGGAAGCAAGAGGACUUCAGAUGUCACCUCAACACAUCCAGGUAAAUUGA